AUGAUUAAAGCCAUCUUGAUAUUUAACAACCACGGAAAACCGCGGCUGAUCAGAUUCUAUCAGUAUUUUGCGGAGGACAUGCAGCAGCAGAUAAUUCGGGAGACUUUCCAUUUGGUAUCUAAGAGAGACGACAAUGUCUGCAACUUCUUGGAGGGUGGAAGUCUCAUUGGUGGCUCCGAUUACAAGCUGAUCUACCGGCACUACGCAACCCUCUACUUUGUCUUCUGUGUGGACUCAUCUGAGAGCGAGCUCGGCAUUCUCGACCUGAUCCAGGUGUUUGUGGAAACCCUAGAUAAAUGCUUCGAAAACGUCUGUGAGCUGGACCUCAUAUUCCACAUGGACAAGGUCCAUUACAUCUUACAGGAAGUGGUGAUGGGAGGAAUGGUUCUGGAGACCAACAUGAAUGAGAUCGUCGCUCAGGUGGAGGUGCAGAACCGCAUGGAGAAGUCAGAGGGAGGUCUGUCAGCGGCCCCCGCUCGCGCCGUCUCUGCUGUGAAGAACAUGAACCUGCCUGAGAUUCCCCGUAACAUCAACAUCGGAGACAUCAAUAUCAAAGUGCCGAGCCUCUCCCCGUUCUGAGAAGCAUCCCAGCUGAGCUCUGCAGGGCUGAUGUACUACUGAUGUCUCCAUUUCUCUGCUGUUCCCCUCCACCCAGUUCGGCAGUUGAGACAGAGGAAACUGUUUUUAGAUGUAUGUACUACAGAACCACAGCAGCUAAAGAGAUAAACUGGGGAUUAUUUUUGAGUUCUCCUGUAUAUACAAGUUACAGAUUACUCUAGUUUAAGGAUUUGCACUAUAAUGUAAAGUUUGAUUGUCUAACGCAUCAAUAGUAAUAUUAAUAUAUAUACAUUUCCUGCUAUUCUUUCUGUGUUUUGUAGUUCUCUUGUUGAUUUCCUGCUCUUUCCAAAAGAAAAACGACAGUGUUUACCCAGUGUGUAUUUUCCUGCACAGCCCUUCCACAUCUCUGACAUUCAUCACCGGUUGUUCUGCCUAAGUUUUGAAAAAAACAUUCCCUCCUGCCUGAAGUGAGCUUUUGGAUGGAGCAGAUUUCACUGUAACAUGAUCCUUUUGCUUUUGUACUGGACUGUACGUUCAGACACAUCUUUAUCUCCUGUUCCCAGUGUAAUUUCAUACGGGCUAGGAUUAGAGUCCUCCGCCUGGCUCAUGUCACAAUUUAUUUUCCUUUCUCUGUGAUAUAUUGUGUCUCUGACAUCCUUGGAAUUUGUGAGUAAUAUGAUUGUUUUCCUGGGUACAGAUCGUCUCAAUAUGGAAAAUCUAAAUGCUGUGUAAUUCUAGUUUUAAUGUGUUGUGAUAGGAUCUUGCCAACAUCUGUUCACAGAGGCCACAGACUAAUGUCGACAUUUUUUUGGAUCUUUUAAGUGUUUCUAUUAAGUGUGUUUGUGUCUUAUUGGCUGUAUUUAGUGGUCUGAUAGAAUCAGAGUCAGACAGGCAUCUAAGCCAUACUCUGUUGGUAGGGUAUCCUGUAGAUCCUGUAAGUUCCUGUAAAGUCUCUCAAGGAAGGAAAUAUGUCUCAGUGUCAAAGAUAUUCCUUGCCAAGAAAUUAAAUAAAUAAAAAUACACAUCA